CGCCCACACGACGCGCGCGCUUCACCCGCCGAGCCGUCUCUGAGCUCUUGCUCGUGCGAUGGCCUCCGCCGGCGACAUCGGGGAAGCAGAGGCGACGCUUACAACGAACAGGAUGACGAUCUACGACUGCCUAGGCGAAGGCGAGGAGGCAUCGCCGCCUUCCCCGGAGACGCCGCCGCAGCUGCGGCUCCCGAGGUUCACCUGCGCCAGGAUCCGGUUCGGCAGGCUCGGGAGGAAGCGCGGCGGAAGGGGUGGCCGGAAGGAGGUCGCCGCGGCCGAGAAGAGCGAGGACGCGUCGGUGGGCUCCUCAGGAUGGAAGCAAGCGGCGGCGGGAAGCAGCGGCGGCGGCGGUAGUAGUGUGGCGACCGGACAAACCGGCAUGGGGCUAAGCAUGCUCUUCCUCCUUGCGAGGACAUGUGUGGAGCUCAACCGGAUGGCCGAGGUGCGCGCGCAGAUGGAGACGCUGCUCAAGGAGAUCCGAGACGAGGCUAGCAGGGUGAAGGCCGGCUCCGCGGACCACGUCGUCCUUGUCGCACCGAAAACCUGCAACAACCUGCGGCCGUCGUCGACUUCCACUGUGUCGUCGAGCUGCGUCUCGGACACGAGCACCAACUGCCUGGAGAUCCGGCGCGGCGAGGACGGGGAGUGGACGUCGGAGCCAGAGUGGAAGUGCACCACCGAGCGAGAAACUCCCGAUCAGUGCUGGGUCCAGUCGCCGUCCGACGGCGAGUUCAUCGAGCUGGAGGGAGGGCGCUUCGGCACCGGCGGCGGGAAUUCCCAGCGAGGCGCCGCGGUCGACGAGAGCGACGACGACGACGGCGAGUCGUGCGGGAGGCGGCACGAGGUUGGAGUCUCCGCGACGGAGCUGGAGCGGAGGCUGCACGAGCUCCAGCACCGCCGGGACAGGGAGCGGAUCGAGGCGCUGGAGUCGGCGCUGCGGCGCGCGCAGCGAAAGCUGACAGAGAAGGAGAUGGAGGCGCGACUGUGGCAGGACACGGCCACACUGGCGCUGGGGCAGCCCACGCCGCGGGACGGACAGUGACCUUGCGCUUGCAGGUGAAGCUAGCGUGCCGUACUGGCUGUACAUGUACUGUACAGCUAGCGUGCUUACGUUGCUUGGCGCUCGGUUUCUCUGUGCUAGUGGGGACUUACGAGAUGCCGAGAUGUAAUUUGUAAUUAACAAUGUAUAAGUUCCUCUUUGUUAACAAUUACAGAAUCUUAAAGUAGCUCGGUUCUUCGAUCACUCCAAU